AUGAACUGUCUAUUUUGGAACAUCCGGGGGAUUGGUAAAGGUGAGAAAACUUUAGCAGUUAGUUCUCUUGUUAGAAAGAAAAAUGUCUCCUUUCUGGGUCUGGUUGAAACAAAGCAUCGGCAGCCUUUUCAGCCCAGGCUAAGAAGAUUAUGGGGAAAUGAUGAGUAUGAUUUUUGUGAAGUCUUGGCCUCUGAAUCACAUGGUGGUGGAAUAAUUGCCGCUUGGGAUAAACAAACUUUUCAUGCCUAUGUCAAGCAUAAGGGUAACAGAUGGAUAGUCAUAGAAGGGUGUAUCAAGUAUCACAAUUUUGAGUGCUGCGUUGGGGUGAUUUACGGACAUAAUGAUAGAGCGAAUAGAUUCGCUAUGUUUGAGGAGCUCAAAGAGAAGGCGGAGAAUAUCAAAAAACCGAUCCUAAUACUUGGAGAUUUCAAUGUCACAUUACACUCAGGGGAAAGAACAGGAUUUGUCACAUGUAGCCGCAGUAUGAGGGACUUCUCGAAGUGGAUAAAUGAUCUAAGGUUACUUGACAUUCCACUACAGGGGGUGAGAUUUACCUGGAGAAGAAAUGAAUCAAAAAGUAAACUGGACAGAGCCUUAUGCAGUAGUGAAUGGUUGACAACAUUUCCGAACAUGAACUUGAGGGGACUAAGUAGAAGCUUCUCAGAUCAUAAUCCUUUACUCUUAGUGUUGGAAGAGUUCAACGAUUGGGGCCCGAAACCUUUCAGAUGCUACGAUGCCUGGUUCCUACACCCACAUUUUAAAAGUUUCUUCAACAAUGAGUGGCGCAAUGCUCCUAAUGUCUCUCUACACACAAAAUUAAAGAUCCUCAAGACCCCUAUCAAAAAUUGGCGCAGGGAAAACUUUGAUCACAUGGAAAACACAAUUGCAGAUCUUGAACAGGUGAUACAUGAACUUGAGACGAAAGGUGAGCGAACGCAGCUUGACAAUAUGGAAAUGGCUAGACUCAAUGCUGCAAAUAGUGCUCUCCACCGGUGGCUCAUUAGAAGAGAGAGAAUUUGGAGGCAAAGAGCUCGAGCAUAUGGUUUCAACAAAAAAGAUCACAACACAAAAUUCUUUCAUGCAGCAACAAUGGUUAGAAAAAAGAAGAAACAAAUCAACCAGAUAAAAAUCAAUGGGAGGGAAAUCGCUGGGAUGCAUAACCUCAAGCAAGAAGUCAGGAGUUACUUUGUCAAGCGCUUUACUCAGGAAGCUACCCCAGCUUUUGAUUUUAACAUGGCAAACCUGUAA